CGCUGAUACAGACAUUGAGAUUUAUCUAUCAUCACGUGACUAAGUUACACCCUACCGGUCGUAAGAUAUUCUGAAAAAGAAAUCUUUUUGUCAAUCAGAGGGCACAUGCGCGAUGAAAGAUGAAUUUUCCGAGAAACUCCUUAAAGCUCAGUGAACCGUGGGUAAUGAAACAAUUCUUCGCAAGUCAUCGAGCUCGGAUCAAAACAGAUCACAAGUUCAGCGUUUAGAGUUUCCUUGUUAAACAUUCUUGAAAUAAUGGACCAACGAGAGAAGACACGUGGGCAUCGCUGCGCGGCUAAUUUUGGGAUUGCAAUAGCUGUGUUAUACAUCGUGUUAACAACGAUUUGUAUGGUUUCUUUGUACCGUAUUGUAAUAUCACAGACAGCAAGAAUACAAUCUCUCGAGACAGUCGCAGGCACAUUGGCAGCUCGUGUUUACAAGUUGGAAGGCAGCUUCACAGCUCAGAAAUCUCACGGAAGAUCUGCGGGUGAAACUGAAGGUGUUUUGGAGGAGAAAUCUAAACAGCUGAAAACCAAGGUUAGGCUGAUAGAUGUUAUCAGAGGCGCGAUUUUUACGUUGUCGCAAUUAAUUUCGUAUUCAAAGACUAUUAUGAAUUUGUAAUUAGUGUUUUUAAGAGGGGACGGAAAGUAAUUGUUCAUUUCUGCUGUUUGCAGCUUGCUUUAGCCGAUACAUCACAAGAAAGGGCUAAAAGACAGAUGGGAGGUAUUUGUCCGUGUCUCCAAGGUAAUAAGUCUGUUGUUGCUUCAAUAAACAUGACAUUUUUUCGGUAUUUGAUUGCUAAAAGGUUAACAAGGGUGCAAGGAAUUAAGCUUACCUUAAAAAACACACACCGUCAAGGCCGAUAACAUGAAAAGCUUACUAGCUAAUAAAGCAUAAAGUUAAAAAAAGGCUGUAAAAAACAACUUAUAAGUUCGAUGGAGGGAAGAUCUGGGACGCCUGAACAACGUUUAAUAGCCAACGGUUUGAUCGUGUCGUGGAACACGUAAGAAAACCAAUAUGAGUAGUUUAUAAGAAGGAGUUUCUUCCGCGAAAACAAGUACUAGAUAGGGUAUUGAUCUGUAGAAGGGCGUAAACGACGUGUGCCAGUUGAAAUAAAUAUCUCCAAGAAAACUUCAAAGGGAAACCAAACAGAUAGAUGUACCCAACUUUGACGUGUUUACUUCCGCAUUUGAGACAAAAAGUCGUGCCGGUAGAUUGACAAGACCACUGAUAAACUAGUGUUUUAAAACGCGAUUCCGAGAAAAUGAAACAAUUAGAAAUGAAUAGAUUACGCCGACGGCGUCAAUAUCUCUGCAAAAACAAGCGUCUUCUAAUCAGUGCGCUAAAAAAUCUCAGUAUUAGAGACUGGAUUGGAAGCCGCGGUAGCGGUGACCAAAAUGCAGCGGACGGAUUUCUUAUUACAUUGUGCCUGUAGAAGCCGGUCGUUAGAAGAUAUUCUUAUGUCAAGAAGAGAGACCUUUAAAAUAACUGAAACGUAGCGGAAUUCGAGUUUGCACCCAUCGAAACUGGGCUGAUUAAAAAAGGUCAUAUAGAUGACAGAACUUCGCGUCCGCUAAUUUGCUAAAUGUAACAACAAAUUGUUAGAUUCUCACUUCCGGAGUAGGAAACGUUUUAUUUGAUAAAGCAUUAAAAGGAAGACUCCACUUAUGUAUAUUUAGGCUAUUUACGAUGAAAAUAUCCGGCAUUUCAAGAGUAAUGACGCCUUACCGAUUCAUGUAACAUUUGAUAUGGCACUUCACAUUUUAAGGAUUUUAACUGAAAUCCUCACAUUAAAGAAGACAAGACAAGCUUUGUUGUUAGUUACAAUAAAGAGACUUGCGCAUUUUUGGUAACAUUUUCGUGUUCGCUCACUUCCAAAUUCCUUCAAUCAACCUUUAUUUGGUGCUUCUUCUAAUUGCAUAGACAAAUAAAGGCCUUUAGUUCACUUUUUAGGAAGUGUUUAAAUGACGGGCAGCAGGCUAAGGUCUUAAAAUCACCAAAUGACCGACGAAUGCGCUCGUGGCUAAUUUAACUUGUUUCUCUAAUAUAUUUGCUGAGUAGACAAAGUGAACUAGGGGUUAGAACAUAAGGAAUAUAGAGCUUUCUAUAUGGUUACAACCAUUUUUAGAGUUUUGAAAAUCUUGACUGGCAGCCGGCCAUAUAGCCUGCAGACACCUUUUUCAGCUCUUGUUUCACUCACCGAUAAAACGAGAGUGAAACAAAAGCUGAAAAAGGCGUCUGCUCUCGAAGGCUCACGGCCACAAGCUACUUUUAAGCGCCCAUUACUGCCACGCUACGAUAUUGAACCGAGUGGAGCAUAUUCGGCAAUUGAAACUCGAAGUGAACACACAAUUACUUUCAAGCUUCGUUGGAUUUUGAAGCAUGCAGUUUUCUGGAGAGGUGAAAGCUUUACACCCGACAUGUACUGCCCUCAAGCGUUCAGCGUUAGCGGCAGCUUUAUCCCAAAGAAUUGAUCAAAUAUGAACUUAAUCAAUUGUCAAAGCGGCCAUUUUGCUCUGAAAUUGGUCAAGGACUUAAAAGAAAGGUUGCACACAAUUAUAUUCUCUGCUUUAUCGUAAUCGCUUUAAACUUUCUUUUCUUUUCACUUCAAUAUCACCUUGUGCCUUUUGUCCUUAACAACUCUGCCAAGUCCUACUGAUUUCUUAGCGUGAACUUUUUUUGUUUACUCGGAAGUUCUCGGGUUGUUUUGGCUAACAAAAUAAAUCCAAUCGGAAUGGUAUUACAAAUGUCACGAAUUUUGAGUCACGUAUUUCAAGAGAGCCUUCUAAACCAUUGUUUGUUAACCAGAGUAAUUUGUCUUCAGCCCUUGACGGGUUUGGCAACUUGACAAAAAAAGGCUGGUUUUGUUGGCUCUAUUGUCUUUAAACAGAUUGGGAUUAUUUACCAUAACAUAACGACACGGUCAUAGGAAAUCAUUCGACAAGGCUUUCUAACGAUCUUUUGGCAAAAGAUUUUAGCAACUAUUAUAGAAAUGUGUCGGGAAAAAAAUCGAAUCUGUACCUGAUGUGCAAAACGUAUUAUGGUGACUCUCCGAGAACUUUUAAUUAAUAAAACACAAGUUUUGAAAGUGACUAGGCCUUUUGCAGAUUCUUAAUUCAUUACAUUCGCCGGCUUCCCGAUUAAAAUGCAAGUAACUUUCAGAAUUCCGAUGCUAUGCUGUCUAGCUACCGAUGCACAAACCAGUCAGCGCUAAGAUAUAAGGAUCAAAAUGUAACCCUUGAAGGCAAAAAUUCUACCAGAUUUUACCAAAGGUGGUAAAAACACCCCACCUGGCACUCUCUUAAGAGGUGCCAAAUGAACCGACAAUUAAUUAACUGUUUCAAAAUAUACACUUCAUCCCGUCACCUGUGUAUUCUGAAUAAUACUAAUUCACACCCGACAGACGAUGCCCUUGUGGCGUGGGCGUAAAUUGCAUUUGAAAGAACAAAACGAUAGAAGUUUAUAACAAUGGCCUGACCAAAAUAAUAGAUAUUUACAAGAUCCCGACUUCGUAUAAAUGAUGCUGGAGGAAAAAAUGACUUUGACAUCGUUCUAAUGGGGUCGAAUAGACUUGAAAACAAUUGUGAACAUUUUGCAUACAAAUUUUUACAUCCACAAGGAGAGAUCAAUAAAAGAACCCUUCUAAAAAGGCGCUUCUAAACGUUCUUUGUCUGCAUUGUGUAGUCUUAUCAGCGAUUACACAAAUUCUUUCAAAAUGUUUAGUUUUAUGUACAUAUCUUUAAGCGUUCAUGUGAUGAGUGCGUGUUAAUUGUUUGAAAAUGAUCAUCAAGUGACCCUUAGCGGCAGACGGAAAUAUGACUGGACGGGACUACCGGAAUACGUGGACGUGUGGAUUGCACAACAAUUGCAUGAUUCAAUAUGCAUGGUUGAUUGUCCGAUAGUGCAGACGGCUGGAGACCAAUUCACUAGAUAAUAAGCUAUGCUGAGCUGUAAUAAUUUUUGGAAUCUAGGGCUGACCCAUGCUCGGUGCUAAUGCUAUCAUUAACCUGCCUUCAUUCAAUUUCUCCUAGAACUCCAAUCUGUAAAGUUAACCUAUAUCUUUUUAAAAGAAUAUCACUACAAACUAUUAAUACUAGUAAUAGAGAAUGCCACUUGCAAGUUUUGUUGGGCUUUUAAUUACAACUGACCAACGUUUUUCCUUUCGUUUUAGGUCGUAAAGGAAGACGAGGUAAACGAGGUUAGUUUUUUUGUAAGAGUUACCCAGGCACCCAAUUUAAGUGGGUCAUCUUUAAGAGUCACAACUCUUAGGUCCUGGGUAGACCAAAAAACUUCAAGUCAAGGAAUUUAAGACAUGGACGAAUUGUCUGUAAUGGCAUUUUGAACUGAAUUUAAUUUUGGAGCUCCUGUUACGUAAUCACACUCCUUUUCUCAUUUUUUUUUCAACCUUGGUGUUACACGCAGUCGUUACUAAAUUUCUCAUGCAAUUCUUCACUGACACUUUUGCGCUAAUUAUAAUGCCCCUACUACUGGUCGGUAGCGUAGCAGACUUUUCCGAUGAAGUCGCGCAAUAUACUUGAUCGCGACGAUAAAAAUACUUACUAGAGAAACUCCAGCAUGAGCAUUCCACUAAGCAGUGUAUAAUCCUAAGAUAGCUUGUACCAGGCGUUCAGAUUGUGGGGACGGCGCAAAAAGAUGUGUGCAGGAAAAACAGCGAAGGAGGGUAAGGGGUGAGUGACUAUCUCCCACCCUCUCUGCCUUCGCGCCUCACUACACUAUCAGAAGUCCUUGAGCAGGCUAAUCGUAAGAUCCUAACACCACAUACAAAUGGCACGUUUCCUUCAGGGCACAAGGGAGAUCCAGGUCCUAAAGGCGAAGAAGGCCCUCCUGGGGCCACAGGACUUCAAGGACCAAAGGGACCUCCAGGAGACCAUGGUGUGCAGGGACCAGAGGGUCCACCAGGUCAGUAUUCGGUAUUCUGGACUGCAUGUUGUCAUAAACCGAGGGAGGGGAACAAGAGGGUAAGCUCGCUUCUUUUCCUGAGUCUCCCUGCUUGCCGCUUCAUUUGCUCGCGUGCAGAGAGCAUGGGCUUCUGGCGUGCUCAAGCGCGCUCUUUUUUUCAAAAACUACCGUCGUCAUCAGUUUAGUGCUGUGUCAUUCACAGACAUCAUGAAAGACAGAAAGCCGUUGCACACGGGAUAUAAACCACAACGCAGGGAAAGACUUUUAAAGUGACUGUGCUGUAAAAACUGCUGCUUCGAAAAAGAGAAUAAGCUCUGCGACAGCACUAAACAUAUCUCGCCCCAUUCUAUUAAGUCAUUGGUUAAUGUCGCUACGUAGUGACUUGAGAUAUGCACGCGAAGCUAGAACGUUUACUAGUAAACAACGGAUUUUGGCCUUUUUUCUCGAUAAAUGGAAAUCAAACUUAAAAGAACAUAUAAAAUUGGGUCGUUAAAAAUGAAAAUACGAGAUAAUACUUUAAAAAAAUAAAACAAAAAUCUGACUUACGUUUGCCUGAUUUGUCAACACUCCUCCUCAUUGCUUUAGAUGAGUGCGCAACUUGUUCAAGCCAUACCCGUUUAAAUCAUCAUUUCCUACAGACGAACUAUACAACAAAUUAGGAGUGUGACAAAUCUAUUUAAACGUUAUAUAUUUUAUAGGUAAGGCUGGUCCCCAGGGCUCUAAAGGUGAUAACGGUUCGCAAGGGCCGUCUGGUGAAAAGGGGGAACCGGGUACUACAGGACGAAAGGGAGACAUGGGCCUACAGGGUACCAAAGGAGAGCAAGGUUAGACACUUUGUUAUGUUACAAACUACCAUGGUUGUAGGUAGAGCCCUGCCCAUGAAAUUUUGCCUGUCGAUUGUUAACCCCUUCAUAGGCUGCUUUAGAUAGAGGGGCAUAGGGGAUCCACACCUUCCGUCUUCCGUACCGUGCACUCACGACCCCCGCUCCUUUUGCCUUUGAUUUCCCCGUUUAGCCGUUUUUCAAUUGCGAAAUAUUAAGCACUGUUGCGUAAUUUCCCCGCCCUACUUCUCCCGCUUCUCACCCUAGUAGAACUCCCACCUCCCACAAAUUUCCUCUCCCACUUCCCGAACCCCUUCAGCCCCCCAUUCUCCCGGAUUCCCACCCUCCUUUUCCCCCACAACAAGUCAGGCUUAGAUAAAAAAAAGUGUCUCGAGAGUCAGAGGAGAUUAAUUGCCUUGGUUGUCCGACUAUGCGUAGACGAAAAAGGGUUUAACUAACCUGACUUUUACCACUAUCUAAAAAUGCAGUCAGUUCAGAACACAGUUAGCCUUGCCAAACUAGGUGAGCGAUUUUGAUUUGGCACGAAAGUAAUACAGAGGAUGACAUAAUGUAAGUUCAAAACAUAGGUAAACGAAAACGAAUGUCAGCAAAAAUUAUCAUUUUGUGAGGGAAAAAUCGUUGAAGAGGUAUUGUGCAAGAUAGUUGUAUUUCUUUGUGUAUUUUCUAACUGAAACUACAAGAAAGAAAGAGUUGUUAACGAUAGUGAAAAUUCUACUUUUUCAGGACCACCUGGCCCGCCAGGAACAUCGGUGAGUAAUCAUGUGAACAUGAUAACCAUUAUAACACAGUAACCAUUCUAACAUGUUAAACAUAGAGACAACGUAAUUUCUUGUUUUAGUGAUUUAUCAAGAAAGUCUCAGUAUUUUUAAUUAUUUUCUUAAUGAUGUUUUAUUUCUAGAUGAGCGAAAGCAUCCACCUUGUUGGCAACGGACAAAGAAUUCGAAACCCAAGUAACUGUCGAUUUCUUUUGGGACAUGUUUAACGCUAAAUUAGAAUACGUUAAAUUAAAAUUAACCACUAUCUAUGGUAAAAACUCUGGAUCAGUUAAACGCCUUGACCAAACUUUAAGUGGCUUGCUAAGCUGAUAUUAUGGGGAAUGGUUCCAUUUAAACUAGCUCUGCUAAGUUGAAUGCUCCUGGACAGAUAUUGAAUAUAAAUAAAUAAAUAAAUAAAUAAAUAAAUAAAUAAAUAAAUAAAUAAAUAAAUAAAUGGCCGAAUGCUAGAAUGUCCGAUGUGGUUUGAAAUACCGCAAAAAAGACGGGGACUUAAACGAAAUAUAACAUUACGGAAAAAAAACCUUUCUCAUUUCACUGCCAAGCUAAAUUUUUACAUCCUUUCACACCAUCUGUUUGAAUCAUGGGAGAGAUUUCUCUACUCAUAUAUAUGAUCGCCAAGUUGUUUAAGUGAGGAAACUGUAAGCUUUUAAGACUUUUUGUGGCAUUUUGCUGUGGUUUGUUAAUCAAGAAUUCAGAGCUCAAGAAAUAACGUAUGCACAGUACCUGCAUGAACAUUAGCUGGAUGCUAUAAGUGCGAAAGCUUUACAAGAAACGUUUAAGGGUUUCUGUCGAAACAAUUAACUUUUUUAAGUUAUUAACUUCAUUACUUAACAAGUUUUGGUUUUGUUUCCAGUAGAACCUCGCAUUACGAACUGGGAAGUAAGGCACAAAGAAGGCAGCAUCGUGUACCACUCAGAAUCUGGUCAUAUAGAGGUGAAGAAGACUGGAUACUAUUUCAUUUACAGCCAAAUGUUUUACUAUGAUGGUACCGCACUUCAAAUGGGUCAUUACACCUACAUAAACCACGACAAAGUUCUGGAAAGUUUGGCAAGCGUUGUUAGCGACCUGCGCAAGUACAAUACGAAGUAUCAUGGCGGGGUGUUCUUACUUCGAGCGAAUGACACUCUCUCAGUUCAUAUCCCAUACACCAAGGUUUAUUACAUGGAUAGAGAGGGAAGCUUUUUUGGCGCAUUUUUGCUUCACAAAUACGAUGCCGAUUAAGAAAAAACGGGCUGGAAUUCAACCCAUGUAAAAGACUUUGCUGGCGACAGACGCCCGCCACCCCUUGAUUAGAAGUAGAUGGGUCAUCGUGUAGUGCUUAGUAACAAGCAGCGGUGUAAAUGGGUUAAUAAGAAGUUCCUGGCGUAGAUAAAAAACUGGAAAACCAUUAAUACAUGCCUAACUAAUGAUUAAUAAGGAUAAAUAACACCGCAUUAAUUGUCUUAACUAAGCCCAUUUAACACAUGUACUUACUUUAUGAGAAUAGCUGAAGCUAUAAUAAUGCUUUUGAUAGUGCUUGUAUUUAACGUUACAUGAUCUGAACUGGCGCAGUUGGCUCUUGGUCUCGGUGCUGCCUGAUUUGUGCCUCGUGCCAGUACCUUGUCUCUGAUUGGCGGAGACGAUCAAUCGGACGUCAAUUGCAAACGUGUCGUAGCAGACGCUCCUUUUUCGCCUCAGUUCUCAUCCUUGAGGACGCUGUUUACGCUACUCUGAGCAAGCAUUACAAACAACAAUCCCUCAAGCACAAUCUUGGACAAAGUUGAUGGAAAAUUUUGAUCUUCUCCCUCCUCCCAAAUUAAGAAUGGAGAAACGGAGCGUUUUGGCUUUCGCGCGGCUUCAUCCUUGUUUUCGGGGGGAUGGGGGUCUGCUUUUUUAUUUUAUUCUGUCCACGAUUGUACACCUACGUUGGCUAAGGGGAGGGAUAGGUGGUUAGAGUCCCAGAAUCUUAUAUUGAUACGACUAAUCGACAUAGCAAAUCGUGUGAAACAACUAUCACCGUGUAGUUUCAGCUUUCCCUGAAACGAAACUGUUUGCAAGCAGAGGAUUUCUACCAACUGACACCACAAACUCCCCAAUUAACCAAACCAUUUACCAGUAGUAUCUUUUUUACAAAGGCUGUGUUUCUUUCCAUGCAGUAUCUAAGCGCACGGUGAGGAAUUGGCAAGUGCAGCACAGAUCAGGCAGUAUCCAUUACCGUCGACAACAUGGCACCGUACAAAUACAGAUCGCUGGAUUUUACUAUGUUUACUCUCAGAUGUAUUACUACGACGGUAUGGCUUAUCAGAUGACGCAUCAGUUAUACGUUAACUCGCGUAAAUUCAUGCAGAGUACAUCGGCUGUUAUAAGCGAAGAAAAAAAGUAUAGCACCAACUACAAUGGUGGUGUAGUGUUUUUGAAUUCCACAGAUCAUAUUUCCGUGCGAACGCCAUUCUCAAGAGUGUACAAAAUGGAUCCAGGAUUUAGCUAUUUUGGUGCAUUUCUGCUUCAUCCCACGACUAAUUAAGCAUUUUUU